AUGGCCAAGAAGCAUGGCUUCAAAACAAGCUCUGGUUGGAUCUUUUUCACGACCUUCUCCAUCGUCCAGGUAAUCGGGGGCUGCUGCUACCUGGCCACCCUACACAAUCCCCAGUCGAAAGCUCUUUACAUUGCCUCAAUUGUUUGCAGCUCCAUGGGCAUGUCGCCUUUGACUAUGGCGUGCAUUUCCCUUCUCUCCCGAGCAAAUAGCACCAUUGAGAGUACACACCGCGUCGCUUUUAGCAACUACCUAUUCAAAGCUACCCAUUUAAUCUGCGCCGUUGCCAUGAUCCUCGGCAUCGUCGCGAUGACCGAGAACUCGGACAUCUCGCAGGCGCUUACAAACGAGAAACUUAGAAUCACCUUGAUUCUCUUCCUGCUUGCCUGGAUUGGUCUUUUGCUUCUGCUGGUGCUUGUUGGCUCUCGCUACAUCCACAUCGCCAGAGGCGAGCACCGUCUUCUGCUGGCAGUGGGACUGUCCCUCCCGCCGCUCCUCGUACGUCUGAUCUACUCGUUCAUGAACUCGUUUAGCAACGAUCAGUCAUUUAGCAUGAUUUGGGGUAAUCCGACUGUCAUGUUGUGCAUGAAGACUCUAGAGCAGAUGUUCAUUGUGUUAGUAUGCCUGGGGAUCGGGAUGACACUGUAUCCACGGCCACCAGAUGUCGCAAGUGGGGGGCAUAUCCGGAAUAAACGGGGCUUCUAG